CAACAUCUCCUCGAAGACGCUUUGCUUAAGUUCUUUGAAAUUCCUUUUGUUCAUUCAUUUGAUUGAUACAUAACCAUGGAGAAGAGUUCCUUGUCGGAAUGCAAACAAUCUUCCUCUCUCCCUCUCUUUGCUCUGUUCAACUUGUUCCUCAUAGGGUUUUGCAGAUGGGUUUCGUCUGCUCGCAUCUUUUUAUCCAGAUUCUUCCCUCUUCUUCAACACCAUCAACGUGUUUCCGACAAAAACAACCAAGUUCCGGAUUCCUCAGACCAACAGCAGAGUUUGAUCAAACUCAUAGAAGAACAAGAAGCAGAAGAAGAUGAUGGUCUCUGUAAGGAAGACGCGGAGAUGGUUAUGAGAAGCUUAGGGCUUUAUCCCGACAGAGAAAGCAAUGAGCUUCAAGAACGGUACAGUUCCAAGGAGAUUUCGAGUUUGUUCGACGAGAAAGAGGCGACCUUGGAGGAAGUGAAGCUAGCUUUUGACGUGUUUGACGAAAACAGAGAUGGCUUCAUCGACGCUACAGAGCUGCAGAGAGUUUUGACAAUCUUAGGUUUCAAAGAAGGAUCUCAUUUAGAGAAUUGCUUGGUUAUGAUCAGAUCAUUAGAUGAAAACAAAGACGGAAGAAUCGAUUUUAACGAAUUUGUGAAAAUCAUGGAGAAUAGCUUCUGCUGAAUCACAUGUCUUUUUUUUUAGAAACAUAGCUAUUGUUUUCUUCUUUUAACACAUCGUUGCUUCUUAAUUCUCAUUAUUUUUCUUUCGCAUUUUUGUUUGUGUAUGUUAAAAAACACUUAAACAUGGUUUGUUGUCAAUAUUAUUAACCAGACUUUGAUGACAUCUUGAGGACUUUUGAGUAACUUGAUAACUUCCAACAUAAUAAACAC